UGCACGACUGCGGGACCUCAAGCCGAAGAAGUCCAAUCAGUCAAACAAAAAGGACAUGACAUGUUAUAACUCGUAAUGUUAGCUACUUCUCUGGACAAGUCGUCAUCGCGCAGAUAUGGCGCGCAUGUGAUUUAGUGAUGCGCAAAAAUGUAACUCACUAAAUGUUUAGUCUUGCAAGAAAGCCCCGUUAUUUUACAUUCAAUACGGCAUGAUUCCUCCGUUUAACGUUUGGUUUCUGGCGACGCAAAGACACUCAUGGGAUGUUGGACAACGAGUUGCGACUUGGGACACCUGAAAGCGCACUCCAAGGUGUCCGUGUUGUUUACCAUGAUCCUCAUUUUCACCUAUCUGUUCUACUGUCUCACCGGAUACUGCGAUUCCAUGCCGAGUCCGCUGUACGUCCAUCAGAAUUUCAUAAGCAAACUUUUCCCGAAGGAAGGGAAGAAACCCGCGCACUGGAACGUCUCCAUCGUGCGCGAACUCCCCGAGCAGGAUGCGACGGACGUGGAAGAUGAGAAGCGGCAGCGGGCUUCGGCUUAUGACACGUACAGCAAUCUCUCCGUGUCAAACAACUUUGGGAGCAAAGAGUUUCCUCAGGCGAUUAUUAUCGGCGUGAAAAAGGGGGGAACGCGCGCACUUCUGGAGUUCCUGCGCGUUCAUCCCGACGUGAGAGCCGUGGGCGCGGAGCCGCACUUCUUUGACCGGUUCUAUGAGAAGGGGCUCCAGUGGUACAGGGAUCUAAUGCCGCGUACUUUAGACGGCCAGAUCACCAUGGAGAAAACACCCAGCUACUUCAUCACCCGUGAAGCUCCGUCCCGCGUCUUCUCCAUGAGCCGCAGCACCAAGCUCAUCGUGGUGGUCCGUGACCCUGUGACCCGGGCCGUGUCGGACUACACUCAGACUCUGACCAAAAGCCCCGGGCUGCCGUCUUUCCAGAAUCUGGUCUUCAAGAACUCCAGCACGGGCCUGAUCGACACGUCCUGGAGCGCCGUGAGGAUCGGCAUCUACGCCAAACACCUGGAGAACUGGCUCAGGUAUUUCCCGCUCGCCCAGUUUCUCUUCGUGAGCGGCGAGAAGCUGGUGACGGACCCCGCGGGAGAAAUGGGCCGGGUGCAGGACUUUCUGGGACUCAAACGGGUGGUGACCAAUAAGCACUUCUACUUUAACCAGACUAAAGGCUUCCCCUGCCUCAAAAAGCCGGAAGGAAGCAGCAGGCCGCGAUGCCUGGGGAAAUCUAAAGGCCGGCCGCAUCCACACAUCCCGGCGGAGGUGCUGCACAGACUCAGGGAUUUCUACAGGCCUUUCAACAUGAAGUUCUACCAGAUGACUGGUCAGGACUUUGGCUGGGACUAAACACUUGCAGGACGCUUUCUGAUAGCGCAGAAAGCAGCGCAACUCUCUAUUUAUGACUGACUGAGCAGUAUGCUCUCCCUGAGUACCCUCAGAAAUUGCUAGUAUAUUUCAUAAAUGAAUUACAACUGCUGGGUACACACUGAAUGUAAUCCAGACUGGAAAAGAUUUAGCAAAUUUGAUCAGAAUCAAAGAAAAAAACACAACUAAAAACUUUUUAGUGCUCAUAUUACUAUUCAGUCACCCUUUUUCUGGAUUACUAAUCAGAUAAUUAGCAGGUGCACCUCAAAGAAAGUGCGGCGAUUAAACAAAACCAACGUAUAAACAACAACAAAUAGCAUGCAUUUUAUUCAUAUGCAAAUCAUGCAAACAGUGAAACGAAAGAUCGGAAUCAAAAAAGAUAAAAAAUAUAUGAAUAAUGCAAAUAAUACUAAAAUCAACACAUUUCUCAAAAAAAAGAAAAACUUUUUUUCACCAUGCAUUUUUUUGCAUGUGUUUUUAUGAGGUUUAUAUCAUAAAAUAUAUUUUUAUUCUUCAGUCUGAAUUUAAUUCAGUGAGCAGCCAGCACUGACCCUUGUUUUGUUUUUUGGCUCUACUCACCUGAAGCAACUUGAUUUUUCCUUAGUUGGAGCAAAACGAUGAGUUCUAGUGCAAAAGUAACACAUUAAAUGUAAAAUUCUAAAGCAGAUGGUCGGGUAAGCGAUCCUGUUUUUUAUCUCCGAAAUGAUUUAAACUUUUUUAUUUCAUGCUCCUCAUCGCAUGCAUUUUAAAAUGCAUUUUACAGUAUACAUUUGUAUCUGAAACCUGCGUUUAACAGAAUAUAUUGGGUUUGCGAAGUAUUCAACUGAGAAUUAUCUUAAACAGCCUGAGCAGAAUAACGACUCUGUGAUGUCUGCUGUUUAAACAGUCCCUUAUUUCAGAUGCCCGUAAUCAUACGGACUAAAACACAUUUGUUCUUUGUGAUUUAUUGCUGCCAAAAGGAGCAAAAACUUGGAUGUUCUCAUUCAACCACUGUUACGUAAUAGACAUGAGACACGGAGGAAAGCAAAGAGAGAGACGGCGAUAGACAUAUAACCUUUAUUUAUUUCAUGUGUUUUUGCUCAUUAAAAGGAAUUUCCUGCGUCUGCAAGGGAAACAUUUGUUUUGUAAUGUUUUACAAAGAAGCUAUUUAAUGUGGACUCCGUGGCUUAGAUUUUGGACCGUGCAUUUCUUAUGCCACAUAUUUUUUAAUAACAGAUCAGUUUCAUUUAAUUCUAUAAAGGUGUGUUUCCAUAGUAAAAUAGAGCUAUGUAACCCUUUAAAGCUGUUUUUUUUUUAUUUUCUAAAAAUAAUGAUUAGAGAUGUUAUACAGGGAUGAAUACUGGACUAUGCAUUAUAUCUGCUGACUGAAAACAAAGUUUUGCUUCUGCUGUAAAUUGCUAUUAUUUAUAUUUAUGAAUGUGAAGAUUUUUUUGAUCUGUCCGUGUCCAAAUAUAUAUUGAAAUCAGCGAGCAGCUUUUUUUUGCUACAGACAUUAUAAUAAAUAA